CCCAUGCGCGUGCCACUGCCUUUUCCUGUUAGCUUACAGAGCUUACACGCUGUAUGUCAGUUAGCAUAUUUGUUCAAAUCUGUGUGAAUCUUUGAAUAUUGUGCUUCCUAAGUAAACGCAAAUAUGACAGAGGCAAUUCAAAAGAAGUUGAAAGCGGAAUUAGAAAAAUAUACACUGAUGCAAAAAGAUGUGAGUAAGAGCAUGUCAGCCAGACAGAAGCUGGAGACGCAGCUGACGGAUAACAACAUUGUCAAAGAGGAGCUAGAUAUGCUGGACAGCACAAACACAGUUUACAAGCUCAUUGGACCAGUAUUAGUAAAGCAAGACUUGGAUGAGGCGAAAGCUACAGUCACUAAAAGGCUCGAGUACAUAAAUGGAGAGAUUCAGAGGUAUGAGACGCUCCUAAAAGACAUGGAGAAGAAAUCCGAACAACAUCGAGAACUCCUGUCCAGUUUACAGCAGGAGUUUCAGAGAGCUCAGGGUCUGGCUGUUGGCAAAGUGUGACCAAGGGAUCCAGCAGCAGACUCUCACAUACACACACUAUACUGAUGGGGAUAGUCACAAAACAAUAUUAGCCUAAAACACCUGGCUGGAUCAUUUCUGCUAGUAACUUAAUGAUUUGAAGUGUUGUUACUCUGACUUUCUCAUGUUACUAAUAAACCUGUUUUUUUCAUGAA